AUGCCUACUGCUGGUAGCCCGUCACUAAAGCGCAAGCGGGUGGUAGAAUCUUGCUCGGAAUGUUACCGUAGGAAGCAAAAGUGUGACCGUAAACACCCAUGCAAUAAUUGCUCAGCGAGAAAUGUCCCUGGGAAAUGUACUUUCAAUACCUCAACUGUGUCGCGGCCUGAGGCCUGCAUUCAGCAACCCAGUACGUCAACGAAUGAUGUGGGCCAGGGGCAAUCACCGAUACAAGAUGACCGGGAGAGCUCUCAGCUGGACUCUGGUAGCCUCGGAUAUUCAUCUGUUCCUGGCAGCAAUGCCUUCAUUCUUGGUAAUGACGAGUUUGAAAAGAUGAAUGCUGUUCAAAGUUCCGCUUUCAACUCCCGUGUUGCACGAAAAAAUACUCAAACACUGGUUUCAAAACUACCGCCGAGGCCAGUCCUUCAGACGCUUGUUAACGUGUUUUUCGCUGAGGUAAACUGGCAUUACUUCAUUCUCGAAAGAUAUUACUUCGAUGAUUUGUUUUCACGAUGGCCACACAGCGAAGAACUAGAACCCGUGAGCUACCUCAGGCCCGAAGAACUCUCACGAGAGCUACGUUACUUUUCGGCUCUACUUUUCCAGGUUGUCUCCUUGACAUUGCAAUUUCUACCACCAGACCAUCUAGAUAUGGCCCAGUUCUCCGCAGAUGCUCUAGGUACCUCACAAACAUACAGCGACCUAGGCGAUGAGCUACUGUCUGUUUUAGGCAGGCCUGGGGCUGCUCUGAGUGGAGUUCAGGCGGACUUUCUAAGAUCCUCGUGGCUGAAAAACGUUGGUAGAGGUACUGAAGCCUGGCAUGCUUUUGGAAAUGCCAUCAGGCAAGCCCAGGAACUUGGACUACACCGUCAGAAGGAAAUCCGGCAGCCAGAUGAAACUAAUAUUAGUAAGACUUUGAGUUCUUUCUGGUAUGAAGAAAACAAGAAACGCCUAUGGAUCAACCUUUUCAUGGCCAUGAUCCUUGGCCGUCCUCGGAUGAUACAUAGGGAUGAUUGUGAUGCAAAGCCCCCCAUGGAAUGCAGUAUACCCAAGAACCCUUCCACGGCAGUACCAAUGGCGGUGCGGCUCGACGAAAAUCCCGGCAUCAUACCAGUAUCAGCAUCUUUAUUUCGUUAUGCAAUUGCAUGUAAGGUCCAUGACAUGCGAGCCAUUAAAUUGGAUCGCCCUCAUCCUAAAGUUUAUUCUAUGGUCCGAAAGAUUCAUGAGGAUGUCGACUUGUUGAUGGACGGCUUGCUGCCUUCAAUUCGCCCCGACUGUCCGGAUACAUCAUGGGACUUGGAGCUUCCCUACCUUCCUCAGUUGCGCGAGGAACUAAAAGUCAUGGCGAACAUUUUCAUCGUCAAUCUGCACCGACCACAUAUUAUCUCUAGCACCGAAAGCCGAAAAGCCGCUUUACAGGCUGCAAUUGCCACGCUCGACUUCCAGCUGCGCUCCUUCGCACAAACAAAACCAUAUCAGUAUCAUUUAUUUAGCCUCGCAUUCUAUAUGGUUGACGCCUCUUUUCUUCUCUCGGUCAUCACUAUUCUGUACCCACCAGAGAAUCACGAAACUAGGCAAAACAUUGAGACCAGUCUCCGUCGGUCAAUUGAUAGUCUCUCAACGAUGAGGGAUUAUAACCCAAUAGCUAAAGCGGGCUUUGGUGUUGUCCAACGUUGUUACAGCAAGCUCAGAGAAGCUUUCAAAUCUCCUAAUAACGCUUCUGGGCCACACCCUGCUCCACAUGGUUCUUCUACCAUUCGACUACAAAGUCUGAUGAGGGAUUUGAGCGAUUAUACCAUCGAUUUAUCAAGGGGCUCUCUGCUUGAUCCUAGUCAACCCACCCACAGCCCCGACCUUGGACUUCCGACGCCUCCAUUCUACGGAUUACAAGACAGCUUUGAUCAGGGAUACUGGCUGGAACAACUGAAUCAGAUCCAGCCAUCUCUAAUCUUUGAACAAGACCCCCACGGGAUGUGGGAAAAUCUUUCGUUUGAUUGA